AUGCGAAAUUACUCCCUGAUACCAAUGGUGAUUGAACACACUCCAAGAGGGGAGCGAUCAUUUGAUAUCUAUUCCAGACUGCUACGAGAAAGGAUUGUCAUGGUGAACGGUGGCAUCGAUGAUCACAUGAGCAAUCUGAUCAUUGCCCAGCUUCUCUACCUGGAGUCAGAAAACCCUGAACAACCAAUCAGCAUGUACAUCAAUUCUCAGGGUGGGGUGGUGACUUCUGGUCUGGCAAUUUAUGACACCAUGCAGUACAUCCGCAAUCCCAUCAGCACGCUGUGUGUUGGCCAAGCUGCCUCAAUGGCGUCACUAUUGCUGGCAGCUGGCGAGAAGGGACACCGGCGCUCCCUUCCCAACUCCAGAAUUAUGUUGCAUCAGCCUUCUGGAGGCUUCCAGGGCCAAGCCAGUGACAUCAGGAUACAUGCAGAGGAGAUUGCACGCCUCAGCAAACGCUUGAACAAGAUUUAUGCAAAGCACACUGGCCAGUCAGAGGAAUUGAUAGAGGAAACACUGGACAGGGACAGAUUUCAAUCUGCUGAUGAAGCUCAGCAAUUUGGGCUGAUUGAUGAAGUCAUCGAGACUCGGCCAGUAACUGAAGAAACUUGACGGCACCACACCAGCGUAGCGACACAGCUAUAGACCACAGCGGAUUCGAUGCGCGUCUGAUGAGCGAAAGACGUUGUGCAUGUAUUGAUCCCUUCUUUUCAUCUUACAAGACGCAGAGCCGGCCGACCUCUUAGAACCCAUAGUGAGUUACUGGAUUCGUGAUUUGUCGCAAGACCGUCGUGACAGUGUGCCAGGCAUUCUAGAAUAAACAGCUCUUGGCCUUGCACAUGCGUUCUUUAAUCCGCCAUGGCAGACUAAAUGAAUUUUCACGAGAGUGGCAGCAGAUGAAGCAUUACUUCGAGGCUCAAGCCUGCAUGCAAUUAAUUGAGCACAAC